CCUGGGUCAUGACACAACCUCCUCCAUGUUUCACUGAGAAGGUGGGAUGGUUUGGAUCAUUGACCCUCCCUGUCUUUUUCUUUCACUUUGGUAAAUGUUCAUAUUGGUCUCAUCUGGCCUGUAUCUGACUUGUCUUUGUGCUUUAUGGUCAGAUUUUACUCUGGCCUUUCGAUUCCUGCUGCUUAUAAAAGUUAGCAUCCUGCAGUGCAGCUAUCAAAGUCAGGAACUCUUUACUGCUGUAAACCUGAGCUCUUUCUACCAGCACUGAUGUUGCUCUCUGUUGUUUUGAGGUUCGUCACAGUGCAAAGGUUGCUCCUGUUAUCAGCUGAAGCAGCUGUCAUGUGGCCACCAAAAGCAGAUUUUCUCAUCAUGCCGAAUCGCCUACAGUUUGUGAGAAUAUUAUAUAUUCUCCCCCAGAGAUCAAUACCGUCUGCAAAGCAACUGAAGUCAUCCGAUAAAUUUAGGUGAGUAUUAAGUGUCUCUGCAAUGUAACACAAGUAUCUAAAACGUAAGUUUGUGUUUCUAUGCCCAAUCUAGUUUCUGUAAAAUUAUGUUGAGUGGAGAAAAGACUUCCUCAGACAUGCACAGUAGUCUCAUUAACCACAACUUUUCUCUGCUUUCUAACCUUUAUAAAGAAGUGAUCUCAACUUUAUGCAAUAACUGUGUGAAACCAAACUAUAUGUCUCUAUAGGUGAGUCCAGUUUUGCCUCUAACCCUGAGAAAAACACAAACCUUUUGAUAUUUAUUUGUCCCCAUCUGCUGGUCCAUGGGGGAACUUCACAAGAAAUGAAUCAAAGACCAAAGUGUGGUGGUGACUGCUGUAAGCUCUGCUCCAUCUAAUAUUUAAUUUGAUUUAAACAUGAGUGUAAUUCCCACUAGGGGCAGUUUCCAAAUCCUGUUUCUGCUAAUUUUGUUCACUAAAGUCUUGUCCAAUAUCAUUCUCCCACUGUCCAACCAUGAAAAUCAGGAGAAGUCAUCAAAUAUUGAUGCUUUUUUGCUUUUCCCCUGUCAGUUUUGCUGUUCAGGCUACACAUCCAGUAUAUUGUGACAUAUGCUGCCUGAAGGAAAGACCUGCAAACACAACUGUGGCCUGUGAAGACGCACCGUCCAGGUACUUGGACUCUGCGCGACCUUUGCACUGCGCACAGCGGGUGUGCGCUCCUGGCUGCGCUAUAAAAGCUGCGCUCCGGCUCGCUGAGAGCAACAGGUGAAGCUCAGGUGAAGCCUCCAGAUCUCAGCUCUCAGCUCCGGGUUCAGCUACAGACAGUCAUGGCUCCAAGACCAGAAGUGGAGACAGAUUCCUCCCAUGCUCGCGAUGACAAAGCUAAGGCUAAUGAUUCCGCCAUCCUGCCGGCUUACUCCACCGUGGACCUGAUAAAAGAGGAACCAGAGGAGGUGGAUCCCUGGGAGCUCCCAGAGCUCAAAGACACUGGGGUCAAGUGGGCAGAGCUGGAUACUAAAGGAAAGGUGAUGAGAGUACUGUCUGGUAUUGUGAAGAUAGUUCUGCUGCUUGGAUUUCUCUACCUGUUUAUCUGCUCGUUGGAUGUUCUGAGCUCUGCUUUCCAGCUAGUCGGAGGCAAAGCUGCUGGUGACAUCUUCCAGGACAAUGUUGUGUUGUCCAACCCCGUGGCAGGCCUGGUCAUCGGUGUGUUAGUCACAGUGCUUGUACAGAGCUCCAGCACCUCCUCCUCUAUUGUGGUCAGCAUGGUCUCCUCUGGAUUGCUAGAAGUCAAGACUGCAGUGCCAAUCAUCAUGGGAGCUAACAUUGGAACAUCUGUCACCAACACUAUUGUGGCUAUGAUGCAGGCAGCAGAUCGAAAUGAGUUCCGCAGGGCAUUUGCAGGUGCUACUGUCCACGACUUCUUCAACUGGCUGUCUGUCCUGGUUCUUCUGCCCCUAGAAGUUGCCUCUGGCGCUCUGUUCGAACUCAGCCGCCUCAUCAUCCAGUCUUUCAAUAUCCAGAGUGGAGAGGACGCCCCCGAAUUGCUCAACGUCAUCACAGACCCCCUCACAGACUCCAUCAUUCAGCUGGACAAAGAUGUUAUCAAUGACAUUGCCAUCGGUAUCCCGGAGGCCAGGAACAGAAGUCUGAUCAAAAUAUGGUGCAAAACAGAGCAAAACACGACUUUCUGGAAUGAGACACUGGCGAACUGCACUGCCCCUUCCAUUUGUUUGGUUGAGAAGAACAUGACUUUCACUGAAAACAUAGAGAAAUGCAGACACAUCUUCGUCAAUGCGAACUUGCCAGACCUGGCAGUGGGCCUCAUCCUCUUGGCUGUGUCUUUGUUUGUCCUCUGCUCCUGCCUCAUCCUCAUUGUCAAGCUGCUCAACUCCAUGCUGAAAGGACAGGUGGCUGUGGUCAUCAAGAAGGUGCUCAACACAGACUUCCCCUUCCCCUUCGCAUGGGUUACAGGCUAUCUUGCAAUUCUGGUCGGGGCUGGGAUGACCUUCCUUGUUCAGAGCAGCUCCAUCUUCACCUCAGCUAUAACACCACUUGUUGGUAUUGGUGUCAUUAGCCUCGAGAGAGCUUAUCCUCUGACCCUGGGGUCCAAUAUUGGUACAACAACCACUGCUAUACUUGCUGCUAUGGCUAGUCCUGGAGACAAGUUAGCCAACUCCCUGCAGAUUGCAAUCUGCCACUUCUUCUUCAACAUCAUGGGCAUCAUAUUGUGGUACCCAAUCCCCUUCAUGCGAGUGCCCAUCAGGCUGGCAAGAGGGCUCGGAAACCGAACCGCCAAAUACCGCUGGUUUGCUGCCUUCUACCUUAUCCUGUGCUUCUUGGUUUUACCUCUGCUUAUAUUCGCCCUAUCGCUGGCAGGCUGGCAAGUGCUGGUUGGCGUCGGCGUGCCAAUCGUUGUUCUGCUUGUCUUUGUGAUUAUCGUCAAUGUGAUGCAGUCCCGCUGGCCCCGCUACCUGCCCAAGGUCCUGAGAAACUGGAACUUCUUGCCGCGGCCCAUGCACUCCAUGGCACCGUGGGACAGAAUGGUGACCUCGUCCUUAACCUUCUGUGGCACACGUUGUUGCUGCUGCUGCAAAAACUGCAAAUGCUGCCAUUGCUGCCAAAAAAAUGAGGAGGUUGAACAGAUCAGGAGAAACAGCAAGACGAGCCUGGAGAUGUACGAUAAUCCAGCCAUGUCUAAAGACGAAGAGCAUGGCAAAUCAACACGUAUAUAAUGUUAUUAAAUUAAAUUUGCAUCUGCAAGCAAUGCUAAAUGCAAUAAUGUACUUGUAGCACACUUGUAAUUGUUUAUCACUUCUCAGGUUGUGGUAUGUCAUUGAUUCCCUUUUAUCGGAUGAUACACCGAGCACCGUAGUAAACACUGUUGCUAUCUUGCUGUAGAGUAUGAACAGAGGUGUUGUAUAUAUUCUUAUGAACCCACUGUUGCUGGGCAUGUGAUAUGCAUUCUAUAAUGGUUUCAAUAUUUUGCCCAGAUUCGCUGUCUGCUAUGACAUAACUAUGGGUGGCUGCGAAUGCUGGGAUGUAUUUUUAUAUUUUAUGUGGAAUGUGGUUUUAUUGUCAACUCUGACCAUUUCACCGUCAGAUGUUUAAUGUAGCAUUUAAGAUAUAAUAUUAUUAACAUGUUGUGUUAUCUUUCAGUAUUUAAUACGAUGUAAUAAUGUAAAUAACAAUAAAAAAUAAUAUGUAAAU